GGGGGCGCAGAGGGCCGGCUUCUCACAACACCCACGGGCUCUGUUGGGAGAGAUAGAUCACCUCCAACAAUGGCCACAGCUGUUUUCGUCUGCCCCGAAGGAAACUGACUUAGGAAGCAGGUAUCAGAGAGGGCCCUUCCUGCAGGGGCUUCUGUCUGGCUUGUAAAACUGUCAGGGCAGCUGCAUUCAUGUGUCGAGUGAUGGAUGGAGGAAAGGAGGGACAGACGGCUUCAGAUGGACACAGCGGCUUGCAAGUCAAGGCAGGUGGCAAAGGCCUCGCGGAGGCUCUGCAGGUGGGGCAUACUGAUUCAUUGCCCAGUGAAAAUACCAAGGGGACCCGGGCCACAGCCCUCUUCCCAGCCUCCUGGAACAAUCCAUCUGCAGUGAAAGCUUCCGCUGGCUCUCCUUUCUUUUCCUGCACCUCAGGUGUGAACCUCCCUCCCCGGUGCCUCUACCCCUCCCAGGCCCCUGGUUCUGCUCCAGGGCUAAGGUAGCAAUUCCUUUUGAUUUCUUUGUGGCUAGCUGGACCUGGGAUGGCUUCAUGGAAUGCACCCCAUAGCAUGGACCAAUAAGGUUUUCCAUAUAGGACUCAAAGCUGUUUUUGAAAAAUAGAAUCGUCUGAGAAACCAACCAGCCAAACAAACAAAAAGAUGAUGAAGAAGAAAAAAAGGACGUCAGCACUGAAAAUGCCGGCCUUGGUCUUUGCUACGAAAAGGGAUUUUUGUGCUCUCCGUUCCUACCCACAGCCUGGCCAGGGAAAUGACUGCCUUGGGCACAUCAGUCCGCAAGCAGCAGUGAGUGUCUUGGCCAAGAAGUGCCUGUCACCAUGCGCAGAAUCCCCACGGUUUCCUCCUCGAGGUCCAUCACCACUGUCCGUUGACUUACUCAUCCUGGCCUUGGAACCAGAAUCCCCGCCCCCUCGCCCAAGCAGAUACUCUCCCCGCGGCCCUCCAGUUUUCUCUCUUGCCUUCCAGAGGGUGCCAACGGGGCUUUCUUGAUCAGCGUAAUUGAUGCUCAGCCUCAUGGAACCGGGACCAAUGGGGUUUCUUAAAAAGUAUCCUUCUGCCCCUGCCUGGGUCUGUGGGGGCCAAAGAUAUACCCCUCGGGCCACUUGUCGGUGGGGUAACAAACGAACUUGGCCUGAGAAAGGCACUUGGCUGGGCUUAGCCCUGUGGAGGGCUCCGGGCUGUAGUUUUCUUUGUGAAGCUGGCCCAAAGCUUGUUUUGAGAAAGCCCGAGGGGCCCAAGGAGGUAAAGAUUGUGAGCUGGAGCUCAUCUUGAUAUCCGAAAACCACAGCCGCCUGCACGUGGGAGGUGCUGGAGGGCAGGCUCGCCUCACACGCCCCCCUCUCUCUAGGUCACCUGGGAGCACCGGCUCCCAGGGAGUUUGCUGUGCCUGAGAAGUCUUUGGGGAGGGCUUGCUCUGAGCACACCCGUUCCCUCCCCCUGGGCUGAGAGAAACGUGGGACCAGCCCUGCCCCAGCCUGUCCUCAUUGGUUGGCACGAGGCAGAGGGGGCUUUAAAAAGGCAAACGUGUCCCAGGCUGGGGACCGGAGCCUGUGCUACUGGAAGGCUGGGUGCCCUCCUCUGGCUGGCGCCAUGCAGCUCUCUCUCGCCCUGUGUCUUGUCUGCCUGCUGGUGCACGCAGCCUUCCGUGUGGUGGAGGGCCAGGGCUGGCAGGCCUUCAAGAACGAUGCCACGGAGAUCAUCCCUGAGCUGGGCGAGUACCCCGAGCCUCCGCCAGAGCUGGAGAACAAGACCAUGAACCGAGCAGAGAACGGAGGGAGACCCCCUCACCAUCCCUUUGAGACCAAAGACGUGUCCGAGUACAGCUGCCGCGAGCUGCACUUCACCCGCUACGUGACGGACGGGCCCUGCCGCAGCGCCAAGCCGGUCACCGAGCUGGUGUGCUCCGGCCAGUGCGGCCCGGCGCGCCUGCUGCCCAACGCCAUCGGCCGCGGCAAGUGGUGGCGCCCGAGCGGACCCGACUUCCGCUGCAUCCCCGACCGCUACCGCGCGCAGCGGGUGCAGCUGCUGUGCCCCGGUGACGCGGCGCCGCGCGCGCGCAAAGUGCGCCUGGUGGCCUCGUGCAAGUGCAAGCGCCUCACCCGCUUCCACAAUCAGUCCGAGCUCAAGGACUUCGGGCCCGAGGCCGCGCGGCCGCAGAAGGGCCGAAAGCCGCGCCCCCGCGCCCGGGGCGCCAAAGCCAACCAGGCGGAGCUGGAGAACGCCUAUUAGAGGCCGCCCGCCGCGCCGCGCCUCCCCCCGCAACCCGCGCCCCGGCCCAGGCGCCCGGGUUUCUGCCCUCGGCGCGCGGUUUGAUUGUUUGUAUCUCAUUGUAAAUGCCUGCAACCCAGGGCAGGGGGCUGAGACCUUCUGGGCUUCGGCAGGAGGUAGCCAGGCCCUGCGGAUCCCGGGCGCCAGCAGAGCCCCCACUCCCUCGUCUCCGAGGGGGUCCCGCAGGGCAGGGGAGGGCGCUGAGAGUCACGGACACUGAGCCACGCAGCCCCGCCUACAGGGGCCGCCCACCUUUGCUGGUCCCACUUCUGAGGAGGCAGAAAAGCAAGCAUUUCACCGCCCAGGGGUUCUAAGGGAGCAGUGGGGGAGGAGGAAAGUCCCGGGACUGGUUAAGAAAGUGCGAUAAGAUUCCCUCUCCACUUCUCUGCCCCUCAAAAAGCCUUUAGUGCCUUGUUGUGCCAAGAACACAGGACCGGGGUCCAUAGAUAUGGUUUCUAGUCCGGACUCUGCCGCUAACGCGCUGGAUGACCUUGGACCACACUCUUCUCUUUCUUGUCCUCAAUUUCCUAUUCGGAAAAUGGAGGUGGGGGUGGGAUUUGUAUCUCGAGGAGUCUACGGUCACCUGAUUCCAAGGCCUUGCGUGUCUUUUGAAUGGGCAAAGGAGAGAGAGAGAGGUUGGGUUGAAAUGCUGCCAUGGUCACGUCCAGAAUUCAGAGUUGUGAUGCCCGGAUCUGAGAGCCAAAGAUGAAAAACAAGUGUGGCCGUGGGGGUGGGGUGCGGGGUUGGCGUCUUUUUUAGGGCUGACAAACUCCUGGAAGAAGCUGUGUUCUCUCCCGGCCUGGCCCUCCCCGGAUGUUUGCCUGUCUUCACCCCUCCAUCCCAAAGGAUGCAGAAACAAUGCCAUUGAUUGGGGUUGAGAAGGAGAAGGUCCCAGGACACUGGGCUUGCAGGCCCAAGGGAGCAGCCACCACCCAUGCAAAGACCAGCGAAUCCCUCUGCAGACGUCCUCCUGCCUACCACUCACAGACACAAUUCUGUCUAGAACCUAGCUUCUUAGUGCUGUUACCUGUGAUGUCAUAUCUUACACUGAAAUAAUAUUACUUGGGGAAAAAAUUACAAGUUCUGUACAUAUGCCGAGAAACCACAAAGCCUGAUAGAUGUCAUCCAAAAAUCUUUUUGAAAGUCAUUUCCAGACACCUCUUACUUUCUGUGUAGUUUCUAAUUGUGUAACACACACACACACACACACACACCAAACCAGAAGCACAUGCCGUGUGAAAUCCUGCCAGGCUGGUCCUUUCCACAAUCCUUCCAUGUGGGAUUUGUCCACAAGAAUGAAAGUCGUGGUUUUUACAAAGAGUUAAGUUACAUAUUUAUUUUCUCACUUAAGUUAUUUAUGCAAAAGUUUUUCUUGUAGAGAAAUGACAACGUUAAUAUUGCUUUGUGAAAUACCAGUCUGUUCUUUCCAGAGGCAUUGUUAAUAAAGACAAUGAAUCAUUUCCGA